CGUGGUUUUGGGUGACAAGCCAGAAAAGAUGUCGAAUGCAGAUUGGGCAGGUUUGGAUCGGAAAUAAAUGUCAGUGAUCUGUCUCUCGUUGACCAAGAAUGUUGCGUUCAACAUUCUGAAGGAGAAGACAGCGAAGGGAAUUAUGGACGCGCUGUCUACCAUGUACGAGAAGCCAUCUGCAGCGAAUAAAGUUUUUCUGAUUAGAGAGCUGGUGAACACAAGGAUGAAAAAUGGCACUUCAAUUACCGAGCAUAUCAACAAGUUGAAUUCGAUCUUAGCCAGACUUUUGUCAGUGGGCAUUAAGUUCGAUGAUGAAGUUCAAGCUUUACUACUGUUAUCGUCAUUGCCUGACAGUUGGUCCGGAACUGUUACAGCAGUUACCAGUUCAGCGGGACCUGAUGGAUUCACAUUUGAGAAGAUUCAUGACCUCGUUCUUGGCGAAGAUGUCAGAAGAAGGAGUUCUGGUGAGUCUUUAGAAGAAUCACUAAAUAUCGUCAGAGAGAGCAAUGUGGAUUCGUGGGUCAUGGAUUUUGGUGCUUCAUUUCAUGCUACCUACAAUGGUGAAGCAUUGCAAAAUCUGGUUGUUGUAGACUUUAGAAAGAUAGUUGGACGAACAGGGAUACGAGGUGAAGUUCAGAAACGGGCAGUGAAAGGUCUUGAAAGGAAAUCUUGUCAUGGCCCGCGGAAGGAAUUGGAAGAGUGGUUCGCUGUACAUUGUCAGGAUGUUCCAGUAUUUGGAAGUGUGCGUCUGCAAUGGGAGCCGGUAGGGACUGAGGAUGAGUCAGGGGUAGAUUUAGCCGUGACUGAUGUGUUGGAGCUUGGGAUAGCUUCAACGGGCCUUUCAGUUGUCUGAUGAGAGGACCGCUGCAACAGGAGAGCUGAGGAAGAUUACGCAAUAUACAGGCAAUCGAGGU